GCGGGGGGUGGGGGGUGGGAGGUCGGGAGGGGCCGGGACGCCGGGCUCCGGGGCGGGGGCGGGGGGCGCGGGCACCGGCGACCCCGGUGGCGGCGGUAGCGGCCGGGGGAAGCCGCGGGGCCGGUCAUGCGGCUGCGGGGCUCGCGGCCCGGAGCGUCCGCCCAGCCCUGAGCGAGGCCCCGCAGGGCGCCCCCCGCCUCUGAGGAUGAGUCACUGCAGCAGUCGUGCCCUGACCCUGCUGAGCAGUGUGUUUGGUGCGUGUGGCCUGCUCCUCGUGGGCAUCGCGGUCAGCACUGACUACUGGCUGUACAUGGAGGAGGGCACAGUGUUGCCACAGAACCAGACCACGGAGGUGAAGAUGGCCCUGCACGCUGGCCUCUGGCGUGUCUGCUUCUUUGCAGGUCGGGAGAAGGGUCGCUGUGUGGCUUCGGAAUAUUUUCUUGAACCAGAGAUCAACUUGGUGACGGAAAACACGGAGAAUAUUCUGAAGACAGUGCGCACAGCCACCCCCUUCCCCAUGGUCAGUCUCUUCCUCGUAUUCACGGCCUUCGUCAUCAGCAACAUCGGCCACAUCCGCCCACAGAGGACCAUCUUGGCCUUCGUUUCUGGCAUCUUCUUCAUCCUAUCGGGCCUCUCCUUGGUGGUGGGCUUGGUUCUUUACAUCUCCAGCAUCAAUGACGAGGUCAUGAACAGGCCCAGCAGCUCGGAGCAGUAUUUUCAUUAUCGCUAUGGAUGGUCGUUUGCAUUUGCUGCUUCCUCCUUCCUACUCAAAGAGGGAGCCGGCGUGAUGUCAGUGUACCUGUUCACCAAGCGCUACGCGGAGGAGGAAAUGUACCGUCCACACCCAGCCUUCUACCGCCCGCGUCUCAGCGACUGCUCCGACUACUCGGGCCAGUUUCUGCAGCCCGAGGCAUGGCGCCGUGGCCGCAGCCCAUCCGACAUCUCCAGCGACGUAUCCAUCCAGAUGACUCAGAACUACCCUCCCGCGAUCAAGUACCCGGACCACCUGCACAUCUCCACUUCUCCCUGCUGAGGCCCCGCCCCUCGAAGCUCCCUGCCUCCUUCUUCCUUUUCUU